ACAUAAACCUAUGGAUCCAUUCAUUUGACAAUAUUUUAUAGCAAUUGACAGCCAAUUUGUGUGUCUAUAUCUGACUGGUGUUGUCUAAUCUGUUUCCACCGAUAUAGUCAUUCAGCCGAUAUGACUGCCGCCGCGUAACCAGAAAAAAAUUGGUUCAUUCGGCCGCUUAAGUGCAGCCGAAGUGGGUUUGCAAUUCUGGCCGCAAAUGCAAUGCAAAUGCAUGGCUACAAUUGAGACCACACUAUCAUCAUCAUCAUCAUCACCACCACCACCAUCACCGUCAUCAUCAACAUCAUCUACAUCUACAACAUCAGUGAUGAUUCUGUGGUGUGUUUAGUGAUGUGUCGCCCGGUCUGGUGUCCCAGUGGUCACCAUUGCCCUGAAGGCUUGACAUGUAUGCUGGUGUUCGCUAUAUUUUCGGCAGUGUUGGGAAUGUUUCAGUUCGGGUACAACACGGGAGUCAUAAAUGCACCGCAAAAGAUUUUAGAGGACUUUAUAGCCAAUGUAUAUAAGACUCGGACGAGUAAAUACAUGACGGAAGAGAUGUUAGCCCUGCUCUGGUCGGUCACUGUAUCGGUGUUUGCUGUGGGAGGGAUGAUUGGCGGCAUAUCCGGUGGUGCCAUAGCUAACUAUUGCGGAAGGAAAUGUGGACUACUUCUCAAUAAUGCCAUAGCAAUACUCGGGGCAACCCUUAUGAGCUCAAGUCAACUGUUUCGGAGUAUUGAAUGCCUAGUAAUGGGCCGGUUCUUCAUCGGUCUCAGUUGUGGACUCAAUACCGCACUCGUGCCUAUGUAUUUGUCGGAAAUAGCACCGAUGACUCUUAGAGGAGCACUCGGUACUGUUAGUCAAUUGGGAGUUACAAUCGGACUGUUAUUGUCGCAAAUAUUAGGCCUUCCAAUCAUAUUAGGCACCCGCGACGGCUGGCCUUUUCUAUUAGGGGUUGCUUUUAUACCGGCAAUUCUCCAAUUAUUAUUGCUUCCCUUAUGUCCCGAAAGUCCCCGAUAUUUGCUUAUAUCGAAAGGCAGAAUAACCGAAGCACGUUAUGCAUUACAAAGAUUGCGCUGUUCUUCAGACGUCGAGGACGACAUCGAAGAGAUGCGAAUUGAAGACAGAGCUCAACAACAAGAGGCCAGAAUAACAAUGCUGCAACUGAUCACCAACCGAUCCCUUCAGACACCAUUAAUCAUAGGGAUAAUAAUGCAGUUAUCUCAACAACUCUCAGGAAUUAAUGCUAUUUUUUACUACUCGACUAACAUAUUCACAUCGGCCGGACUAAGUGAAGAACAGGCCAAAUACUCGACCAUCGGUGUCGGCGUCGUUAUGGUGGCCAUGACAUUGGUAUCUAUUAUGUUAAUGGACCGAACCGGUCGCCGAACACUACAUCUGUACGGAUUAGGCGGAAUGUUUAUAACUUCAAUGUUUUUGACUAUAUUUCUUCUAUUUGGGUUUUUAUACAAAUGGAUGUCAUAUAUGAGUGUCUUCAGUACGUUAGUCUAUGUGGUAUUUUUUGCCAUCGGUCCAGGAUCGAUACCGUGGAUGAUAACAGCAGAACUGUUCUCUCAGGGGCCCCGACCGGCAGCCAUGAGUAUAGCCGUAUUAGUCAAUUGGUUCACUAAUUUUAUGGUUGGAUUAGCCUUUCCUCUAAUGACAGCAUAUAAUGAGAAUGCCAUCGAAAAGUAUUCAUUUCUACCGUUUACCAUAUUUUUGGCCAUCUUCUGGAUCUUUACGUACUGGAAGGUUCCCGAAACAAAGAAUCGGACGUUCGAAGAAAUAUCGGCACUGUUCCGCAAAGAUGACUUUAUUACCAUCGAUGACGUACAGUAUUCGCAUAAAUCAAGUUCUGGUGAUAUGUUUUCGCAUAAGUCGAGCAGUGGUGAUAUGAUCUUCGAUGAUAAGACAUUAGAGUCAUGUUAUCUCCAUCAUCACCAUCACUGCCAUUAUGGCGACUCUUCCGACGCUAUAAUACCGCACACCACACCUCCGCCUCCCAUAGCGCACACCAGUAGGAAAAAAGUGACGGUCGCCGCACUUAAUGACCACGAGUUUACACCAAAUCAUGUCAUCAUUGAAGACCAACUUUGACAAUGACUGAGCUUUUUCUCUGCUAAUAAUCUCUUCGUCUUCUUCUCUCUCAUCAGUGAAUUUGAUGGACACUGAAGUUGUUUUUAUAUCACUCUUAAGUGAUUAAAAUACUUUGUAUACAUAUUUAGUUUUGGACACAUCAAGU